UUGUUUGGUUUGGACAAGCCAUAUGUAUUGUUUAAGUAUUUAGGAGUUUUGGCUUGUGAUAACAGAACCAUGCCUCGUAUAAGGAGAACAAGGACCUGCAGUGUCGCAUCUGCUUGCUACAGCCGAAGGAUGAGUCCCUCAUGCCCACUGAGCCAGAUUUUCGGGAGCAAAUUAAACGAUGCACGGGUGUUGAGAUGAGUGAGAAUCUUAACUGGCCCAACCGCAUUUGCACAAGCUGCGCUCUGCUUUUUAGAGCAGCCCUCAAACUCCGAUCCCUUUGCCAGAAGGCAGAGACGGAGCUCCUCCGGCAAACGGAACAGGAAUUCCAUAUCGAAAUAAUAAAUGAUGGCCAGGAAAUGAAGCAGUAUAAUGAUUCCAAGGAUAUGCUAACCACUGAACCUUCCUGCAGCGACAGCGAGGUGCAUUACGAGUAUCUGGAAUCAUACGAUGUGACGCUGGAGAGCGCCGAAGAUGAAGCCUGUAGUGUAGAUGAAAUGGUCAGCAUAGAACCCACUAACUCCGCGCCAGAGGAGUCCAUAUAUUCACUAAGUCCCAAACCGGAUGCUGGAGAAGAGGAGGAAUCCAGCCAGUCUUCCUCCUUUGCCUGCAAAAUAUGCCACAAUGUCUACACGGAGCAGAUUAAGUUGACAACCCACAUGAGGGUUCACAGCACGGAAAAACCACAUGAGUGCGAGAUCUGCCAUAAACGAUUCCGACAGACACCGCAGCUGGCAAGACAUAUGAACACACACACUGGAAAUCGACCCUACAAAUGUGAUUACUGCGACUCCAGCUUUGCAGAUCCCUCUACUCGAAUCAAACAUCAGAGGAUCCACACCAACGAAAGACCAUACAAAUGUAAGUUCUGCAGCAAGUCCUUCGCCUACUCAAAUGUGCUCCGGGUUCAUCUGAAAACCCACACGGGUGAGCGACCAUUCAGUUGCCAGUACUGCCAGAGGACUUUCUCCCAACUGCACCACAAAAACGCACAUGAAAAAUCGCAUAAGCCGAAAAAUGAACUAAAAACGUGGAAGUGACUAGUGAAGUAAAACUUUUUAGUACAAAAAAAUAAUAACAAAAAAGGAAGUAAAAGUAAAGAUUAUGUACCCUUGCAGCUUUUAAAAAAUUAAAUAUUCUCUAAAAAGACUAUUUUUUCCUAUGGCGACUAUAUGAUAAAGUCUUCCGAUUUUUCAAAAAUUAAAACCGCAAUUCUAAAAUAUCAAAUUAUAUUAUUUUAAAUUAUUCGUUUCGGAGUGUAACCGUACUAUUUAAAAAAAAUAACAUGAAGUUCCCAUUAAAUUAUUUUUUUGAUUUUUUCUACUGUUCCGACGUAGAAACGGAUAGUCGGACAUGGCUAGUAUAUAUAUACUUUAUAGGGUCGGAAAUGUCCCUUUCACACUGCUGCAAACAUUUGACUGAAAUGACUGAAGGUAUUACCUUCUGCAAGACGUACUUCUCUGAAAACAACAAUAAAAAUAUCUAUCCGCAACGAUUGAAAUGUUACAGAUGAAACUUAUUUUCUUAAAUAUGUGUUAAAAAUAAUAAAUAAG